GACACACACAUUUCGAAUGCUCAACACAUCAACGACAACUGUUGGCAGCUGUCUGCUGCUGCUGCUAAUGCUAAUGCUGUUGCAACUGGGCAUGGCCAUGCCCUGGUGGCGUCAGAACGAUGCCAGCUACGAUGCCAGCUUGGAUCCCGUUGCCUGGUCUCGUGCUUUCGUUCAGGAUCAAGUUCGUAGACCGCGCAUCAGUCAGCAGAUGCUAUUGCCACAGCUGGAGAAGCCCAGCCGCAGCUGGUGGAGCAGCAGCAACAGCAACAGCAAGAAGAAGAAGAACAACUACAAGAAAUUCUCGCGCAGACAUCGUAAAAGGCGUUUGAUGCUGCAUCAAACGAGAUGUUAAGCCACUCAACUGCCAAUUAGCAUAAUAAAUUAUUUGCCACAAACUAAAACGAAAAAGUGUAAAUUUAUGGUGUUAAAAAAAGCUGCUUAAUUUUAAAUUUCCAACACUUAGUGUGCAUAGAAGACAGGUUAAAUCAGUGCUGAUUCCAGAGCAUCGAAAGUAAGGGAAGCCCAACCAACCUGCUCUAACUCUCUCUCACAACUGCAACGCAUUUUCUUAUCAAUGGCAUCGAUUACAAAAUCUAUAGUUAAUUCAAUAGGCAACUGUUGCUAAGGUCAAUUGGAUUACGUUUCAAGACCAAAUCCCGCCAAAUACGCAGGCGGUAAAGACAAAUGCAAACAUGAUGUAAGCGAACCCACAACAAGAAAAGACAACCAGCUAAAGACCUAAGCAAACUAUGCACAGGCAGAGGCAGAAGCAGAGACACAGAAAGAGCCACAGUCAGAGCCAGUGCCCGAGUCAGAAGCUAAGCCAACCCAAUCCAACUUUGGCACCAACAUUUACACAGACUACUGCGACCUG